AUGGAUUUUUCGGUGCUGACCGAGAUGGAUCUGGAACUGAGAGAAUCUGGAAUGAGGCGGCCCUUUGGGGAGCAUUUCAGCAAGAACUCACUGAGACCACCAAUGAUGAGUUGGUGUCCAGGGAUGAGCCGGAUGGACUCGACGCUCAUUUCCCUCGCCAUCCGCAUUGACACACGUCUCCACGAGCGUUGGAAGGAGAGGGCACGUAGGGUUGCAUGCCCCAUCACUACAUCUGCUUCUUUGCUGGGUCUUCCUCCUUUGACUGCCUCCCUUCCCAAGUCUCUCCCAGAACCUGAACCCAUGCAGUUCGGUCGGGUCCGUCUCUCACCUGAGGAGAGGCAGCGGCAAAUCAGCAGUAGGAGCUGCCUAUACUGUGGCCAGGCUGCCUUCGAUACUGUGAACCAUCAGAUCCUCCUCUCCACCCUCUCCGAGUUGGGCAUCUCCGGCGCGGCCCACGCUUGGAUUGCGUCCUACCUGACAGGUCGCUCCUACCAGGUGGCGAAUCGCAUCUCUGCAUGUCUGGCAGACAUAUCAGUGUGGAUGACGGAUCACCACCUCAAGCUGAACCUCGGCAAGACGGAGCUGCUCUUCCUCCCGGGGAAGGACUGCCCGCUCCAUGAUCUCGCCAUCACGGUUGACAACUCCAUUGUGUCCUCCUCCCAGAGCGCCAAGAACCUUGGCGUGAUCCUGGACAACACCCUGUCGUUCUCAACUAACAUCAAGGCGGUGGCCCGUUCCUGUAGGUUCAUGCUCUACAACAUCCGCAGAGUACGACCCUGCCUCACACAGGAAGCGGCGCAGGUCCUAAUCCAGGCACUUGUCAUCUCCCGUCUGGAUUACUGCAACUCGCUGUUGGCUGGGCUCCCUGCCUGUGCCAUUAAACCCCUUCAACUCAUCCAGAACGCCGCAGCCCGUCUGGUGUUCAACCUUCCCAAGUUCUCUCACGUCACCCCGCUCCUCCGUUCUCUCCACUGGCUUCCAGUUGAAGCUCGCAUCCGCUACAAGACCAUGGUGCUUGCCUACGGAGCUGUGAGGGGAACGGCACCUCAGUACCUCCAGGCUCUGAUCAGGCCCUACACCCAAACAAGGGCACUGCGUUCAUCCACCUCUGGCCUGCUCGCCUCCCUACCACUGAGGAAGUACAGCUCCCGCUCAGCCCAGUCAAAACUGUUCGCUGCCCUGGCCCCCCAAUGGUGGAACAAACUCCCUCACGACGCCAGGACAGCGGAGUCAAUCACCACCUUCCGGAGACACCUGAAACCCCACCUCUUUAAGGAAUACCUAGGAUAG